UUCGAGAUUUCCCGUGCAAGCAAUUGUAUACAGGAGGUGAGCUGAUGUGGCUUGAUAAUACUUGCAAUGUCUUCAUUACUCGAGCACAUUGAUGCUUGCCUCCCCUUGACGACGAUCAAGGCCCUUGUGUUUGGAGAUAAGAAACUCCUCCUAACUGGCCAAGGGUCAUUCGUGCGUGUGGUUACGGAAGGAAGCGGGGAAGUUCUCGCUUCUGUGAAGAUUUUCAAAAGAAGUGCUGUUCACGGAUUCAUCGUCCUUGAUCAGAAAGAACAUGAAUCGGGAGCCAGUGAAGCCCAGCUUCUAGCCUGGGGAGAUCGGUCAUUGAGACUCAUUAACUUGAGCUGCGCCCAAGAUGGAUGCUCAGCCUCUGUGAUAUCGUUGGAACCCGCAAGCGCAGAAUAUUAUGCUCCAGACUGGCUUUUGGCUGGUUGCGCGGGCACGGCAGAUGCAGGCAACGCAGCCUAUCUAGUAACGGCACACAACGCUGUACUAGGCUUAACUAUUUCGGAAGACCCAUCAUCGAGGUUUGGCACAGCUCUUGAGCUAAGGCAGCUUGUCGUGGGAGUCAAAUCGAUCCUGUAUUCGGCCAACAUCAUUUCGCUUUCGCCGUCACACGUUCUGGUUGCGGCAGGAACGGUCUUUGGCGAAAUUAUUGUCUGGUCAUGCUUUUUCCUAGGCAGCGCAAGUGCAGAUGUCAAAGUAACGAGCUCUAUACAUCACUUCUUCACUGGCCACGAAGGGUCCAUCUUUGAUGUUCAAAUUUCGCCAGAGAUUGCCAGUUUACAUCGUGAUCAACCCGGAAGAUUGCUAGCUAGCUGCAGCGAUGACAGGACGGUUCGGGUAUGGGAUAUAUCGGACUGCGACCGAGCCGAUCCCAACGAACCAUCUCCUUAUUCCACAGACGGGUUCGAACUCAAGUCUACUGGGUUCGGUCAUGUGAAAGGCGAACCAGAAGUGAGCUCAGAGUCCUGCGUUGCUAGUGCUUUUGGCCAUGGAGCGCGGAUUUGGGGCGUCAAUUUUGUUGCGGCGCAAUUGCGGCAGGGCAAAAUCGGCCUCGUUUCCCGCGGCGAGGAUGUGCAUUGUUUGGUAUGGGAUCUCAGCUGGGAGCGGUCCCAGUCACAGAAGUCCGAAUUCAAGCUGAGUAACAUAUGCUCUCUCCGCUGUCACAAUGGCAAACAUAUUUGGUCCCUUGAGACGGCCGAAGCUGGCCCAGAGACGGCAGUUUAUACGGGAGGAGCGGACGGAGCCGUGAGGACCUUUAAGCUCAGUGAAGAGAACGGGGCUGUGGAAUGUCUCAACAGAACUACCCGCGUUCCCGUCGCAAAAUCGAAAGACACCGAAGUUGCUGAUAAGAUAUUGAUGAGAGCCUUUGGCUUUGUUUCUUCCGAUUGUUUCCUUGCAACGACUUCACUGGGUGAAAUCCAGAUUGGAUGGGUUGAGUCUCCAGAAGCAAUCGACCGACGCGUUGUUCGAGAAACACUAUCCGUCGAGGAUGGGCUUCGAUCAUAUACCAUAAUUUCUGGAUUACCUUCUAGAGGCGUUGCUGUUUUUGGAGAUCAGAAAGGAGUCAUUCGACUGUAUCAGCAUGAGUCAAGAACCAUCACUAAAGUGGCGGAAAUCGGCCAGAGACCUGUGAGCCUGCACUCGCUGGACUAUCAACCAGAGACCUCGGAAUUACCAGCAACAAUGAUAUUCCUAGCAACCUACGCGACUCAUGAUACUGCCGACCUAUUCCACAUCGAUCUCCUCUCCCACACAGAGCCUCGUGUGGCGAAGACAACACUUCAUCUGCCCCAGGGCUUCGACAUCACAUGCGCCUCUUUUAUUCACAACAAUGACUACCUAGCCAUCGGGUCAAAGCUAGGCUCACUGGUCGUCUUCACAAAGUCGCGGUCCGAAUCUCUCGAGCCACUCCUAAAACUCGCCAGGUUUCACAGCAAAGAAGGCGUCAACCAGAUCCUACCACUCUCUUCACUCUCACACACAAUCAACACACCACCAACACAAUUUCUGUCUUGCGGUCGAGACGGAAACUACCGCAUCAGCUCACUAGAUAUCUCCAAGGACUCCAGCAAGACCGUCACCAUCCGAACCGUGCACUCCCCUACAACCCUAGGCUUCAACAUUGAAGGCGCCUACCUCGACCAGUCCUCCCAACACCUUAUGUUCUAUGGCUUUGGCGGAAUGGAAUUUGUGAUUUGGAACGAAACCACACAGUCCGAAGUUGCCCGAAUUCACUGCGGCGGAGCCCAUCGUCGAUGGGCUUUCCAGCCGAGCACCGAACGGCCAGGACAUGCUCUGGUACUUUGGGCUCGAGGAGGCCUCAACGCUUCACAUAUCAAUAUUCAUGAUUCACGCACGAUAUGCACUGGAGGACAUGGGAGAGAGAUAAAGACUCUGGGUUCCGUCCAGCAACCCGAUGGGCGUCCAUUGUUCGUGACUGGGUCGGAGGAUACGACUUUGCGGGUAUUUGCGCCUAGAUCGGGCAGUACUACACAAUAUAGUGGCGCGUUGGAGUGUCUACGGGUUUUAACGGCCCAUGACUCGGGCCCGCAGCAUAUUGGAUUUUCAAAGGAUGCAAGGUUCAUGUUCACAAGCAGCGCGAUGGAGGACUUUUACGUUUGGAAGAUUGACUCGAUCCCCAUUUUUGGGCUAACAGCGGCACUGUUAGGCUGGUGUCCCAAGAGCCAACCGAAUUCGGAACUUCGCAUAACAUGCUUUGAUGUUCUGGAAGUUGAGAAUAGCGGAGAUGGAGAUGAAGCCAACUUCUUACUCUGUCUCACAUACUCAAACUCCACCAUCUCGAUCUUCCAUCUGUCCUGCUCCGAUAAAGAUGACGAAGGCCGCUUCACUCUCCUCGCCAACGGCACAUAUACAAGCAACUGCCUCACGCAGGCCCGGUUCCUGCAAGGUCCGUCCUCGCUAUGCUUAAUCACCACAUCUACAGACGGCCACUUUACGCUGUGGGACGUGACCACCGUUUUGGAACAGUAUUACACGAUCCCUUCCGCUCCUACCGCCACUCUUAAACUGAACCGACCCCUCAAAAACACCUCGAUAACGCCAGAGAAAAUUGUCUGCGAAAGGAGACACCAGAUCCACUCGAACAGCAUCAAGUCUGUAGACCUCGCGCGGCUAUCGGAAACAACGACGCUGGUUAUUGCAGGCGGCGAUGAUAAUUCCGUGACGCUAUCGCUACUCUAUACAGGUGACGCUGAACUGAGUGACCGGCAAGCGGCGACCAUCUCGAUCCCUGACGCUCAUGCUGCGUCGGUUAAUGCUGUCAAGCUCAUCUCACAAUCUACUGUCCAGAGCGAGAAUGGGGCGGAAGCGGAAUCAGUCCGACUCACCUUCGUGUCAUCAGGAAACGACCACCGGGUCAAGAUUUGGCAGGUGGAUGUUGAUAACAUUGCAGCGACUGGGCGUCCGGCGGUGGAUGAUAUCCAGGUGGUGAAUGUUGUGGAUCGGUUCAGCCCCGUGGCAGAUAUCUCGUCUGUGGAUGUUGUUCGGGAUCAGGGAGAGACGAGGCUUCUUGUUUGUGGAGUGGGGAUGGAGUACUUUAAAGUGGAUAUUUGAGCAUAUAUAGAUGUGUUGAGUAGAUAGAAUAUAUGAGUUAUGACUGCUGGUUUUACCUUUCGAAGGAGGAUUCGUACAGUCAGGCUACGCCACUAGCCACAUCUCCCCCGACUAGAUUUUUCAGGC